AUGGGAACACCUCACCAACCGCGCGCUUCUAAUUCUGCUGACGGGCGGGAGGAGGUGGAUUUCCUCGACCAGUCGCUGCCCGUGUUGGACGAUGAGGAGAUGGAAGACCUCUAUCGACACUUCCUGCUCGACGAUAUGCCCGAGGAGGACGACGGCGACGAGGAUUUCGAGCCACCCGUGGUGGACGAAGACGAGGAGGGCGAGGAGGCAGGGGUGCGCCGGCGCAACAUCCAGGCUCGGGAGCUCAACGACCUGGUGCAAGACGCGUACAAGCAGCUCGGAACCUCGGCUGUUUCUCCUGGCCUGCGGGAGAGGGUUCUUGACCAACUCUCGAUGCAUUUCCAGCUUCUGGUUCAGACAGGGGUCCUCGCAUCCAAGGCACCUUCGACGUACCGUGACCAAGAGACGGCCUGCGUUGGCAUGCUCGAGCACCUGGCGUGCGGGUCGGGCAAGCACGCGCGGAGGACACGAGCGAGGGGCAAGGCAACCUCGAUCUGGUGGGACCUGGGUGGAGAAGACCUAUCUUCGGUGGGCAUUCCUGGCUUGCUGCCUUGCAGAACCUUGCGCAACGACUUCACGGGGGUUUGA